GGAUUGAGUAAUAGAGAUGUAUUGUCAAUGACUGACAUAACUGUAAACAUAGUUUAAAUGCAAUUGAAUGACAAAAUCAUUGAAUUGAUAACAAAAUCAAAAGUUUGGUUUAAAUCAUAAUCUAUUGACUUAUGUUUUGGACAAACAUUUGGUUUAAUUGAUUGCAAUAUUGAUUACAAAUGUCUUACGACUUAAUUAUUAUUUGAUAUGUCAUCUGAAGUGCCGUUAGAUUUGACUAAUGAGUCCAAAGACAAGACUAUAGAUAAUACUAAAUUAUCAAUAAAUUCAAACCUAAUUAAUGGAGAAAAGAGUAGAAAAUUUAAGAGAAAGUCACGAAAUGACAUCCAGAAGGUUAUCAGUGAUAUCAAAGACAAUGUCAUUGAUGCGACCGUUAAGAAACAGAGAUCAGAUAAUUAUAGCACCGGUAGUCAAGAUGUCAAUCCUUUACAAAGGGGAAGGUAUGGACUUAGACUAUUGCCCACACAAGUCGACUAUUAUCAAUCAAUAUUAGAGGAUAGACGCGUCCGUAUAUAUAAGGAGUCUUCCCGAUUGGUUGCCAAUGAGGAGACAAUUGUUAAUAAUUUAAAUACAGAGCAUAAGAAAACAAUCAAAUCCAAGCAAACAAUUGGAAAAUUUGAAUUUGAGAUCGGAGAUAUAGUUUGGGCGACACUACCUAAUUAUAAAACAUGGUUUCCGGCACUUAUUAUAUCACAUUUGCAUUGUAAGCAAAAAGUGCCAAAAAAGGGUCAAACUUGGGUCUAUUGGUUUGGUGACCAUCAGGUUUCGGAAAUUUCUAAAUCAAAGAUUAAAUCAUUUGUCGACAAUUUUACUGAUCUGAGUAAAGGCACUUCUUCUCUAACUAGUUUAAGAGUUAAAGAAGCGCUUCAGGUGUUGGCUGUUAGAGGAGAAGUUAACAUUGAAUCAGAUGAAAAUGCGGCCACAAGUAGUACCUGUGAAGAUGAAGAAAAAAGUGCACUCAUUUCGUGGGCUAGAAAUGGUUUUCAACUAAAGACUGGAUUAUCCCAUAACACCGCUUUCAAAGCUAAUCCACUUAAUCCUAUUCCUCCAUCAGCAGCAAUAUAUCUACCAUUAGAUUCAGUGUAUUCCGAAGCUCUAAAGACAGAUGAAAGACUUCAACAAAUAGUUUACUAUGAAGUAGACAAAGGAGAAAGUAAUGAAGCAUUGCAUGAAUUGCCAGAAUAUAAAGUACAACAAAUAGAUCGCGUGAAGAAUAAUGAGACCACAAUUUAUCACAUUUGUAUUGCUUGUUGUUGUGACGCCGAGUCUCUUGCAAACACCAAUUCAAAAGCACUUCUCGAACACCCGAUUUUUGAGGGCGGGUUAUGUCGUCUCUGUCAUGACUCCAUACGCGUAACAAUGUAUGCGCCGGGAAGUGAUUACAAAAAUUCUUUUUGUGCAAUUUGUGGCCAAUUGGGCAAACUUGCAAUUUGUGAAAAUAACAUAUGUCAUCGAGUUUAUUGUUUGAAAUGUAUUGACCUUUUGAUUGGAUCUGGAAUUCACUUAAAGAUAUUAGAGACCGAAAAGUGGGAGUGUUUUAUAUGUAAUCCUAAACAAGAAAUGGGACUCUUGAGGAUUCAAUCCAAUUGGAGAUUUAAUGUUAAACUUCUUUUCGAUUCAUUUGUUAAUGGAUUAAAAUCGUUAAAUUUAAUCCAAGAAAUAAAUAAUGAUAAGAAACCGAUAAGAAUAUUAUCUUUGAUAGAUGGCAUUUCCUCAGCAAAGCUAGCGUUUGAUAAGUUAGGUAUUAAAGUGGAAGCAUAUUAUGCAUCGGAAUCGGAUACAACUGCCAUUGAAAUCGCAAAGAAUUACUAUAAGAAUAGUAUUAUAAUUGUAGACUCUAUGGAAAAUUUAACACUUGAAAAGAUUGCAUCCAUGGGUCCAAUUGAUUUAGUCAUCGGUUCUUCGCCACCCGAAUAUUCUUUAAAUUCUUCCACUCGAAAGAGUCUAAUUGAAAAUAAAGGUAGCGGUCAUUACUUUUUAUAUUUCAAUCAUGUCUUGCAUUUGCUUCGCCUAACAAAUAAAAGUCGACAUAUUUUCUUCUUAUGUGAGAACUCUAAUCCAUUAAGUAUAACACAAAGAGAUGUUAUUUCAAAUUUAUUUAUGUGCAAACCAAUAACCUUAUUUGCCAGCGAUGUUUCACAUAAUCGGAAUCGAUAUUAUUGGAGUAAUGUUCCCGGAAUUAAAAGACCACUUCCACAAACAAUUCAAGAAAAAUAUAUAAGUUUGAUAAACAUAUUGUCUCAAAAUGUCACACGAAAAUCAAACUCAGAUAAAUCUCAAUCAAACGAAUCCGAAGACAAAAGUUUUGAACCAAAAGAGUUAGAAAAGUUGUUUGAAUUGCCUCCCGAUUACACUAAUAUCAACUCAAUGGACACAACUAUCAGACAAAGUCUAUUAACUCGAAGUUGGUGUCAAUCGAUUCUUUGUCAUCUAAUCUGGUCGUUGACUGACUUUUUUAUUACUGACCAAAAAAAUCAAUAAUUAUAACUUUUUCAUAUUUUUAUUUGAUAUAAAAUUAUUACUUUUUGUCAUUAAAUCAUAUGUUAAUUAAUUUAUUUAACUCACAAAGUCGUUGCAGUAAUUAUUAGUUAUCUUUUAUUUAAAAUUAGAUUUAUAAUUUGUUGUUUAUUAAGCUUUUAUAAUCAU